AUGUCACAGCAUGGCAAAGUGGUAUACAUUGGGUCUAUCCCCUACGAUCAGACUGAAGAGCAGGUCCUACAGAUUGUGAAAUCCGUAGGGCCUGUCUGCAAAUUUAAGUUGAUGUUUGAUAAGACCACAGGCAAAUCUAAAGGCUUUGCCUUUGUCGAAUAUGUGGACCUGGAGACAGCAAAGAGUGCUGUACGCAAUUUGAAUAACUAUCCCAUUGGUAACAGGAGCUUGAAGUGCGACUUCAGCUUUGAGACGAGCGUCAACAAGGCCAUCGACGCAAACAAGUUGGACCAGCUCAGCAUCGAGGAGGUGUUUCCUCCCUUACCCCCGGGCGUUCAGCUCAACCCUGACCAAAACGUCUACGAAGCAGUAUCCACCAUUCUCAGCAGCACCGAUGAGGGCCUUUUGCUCCGGAUCCUCGAUGACAUGCAGCUCAUGGCCCAGCGCAGUCCUCGUCUAAUGCAGUAUCUCCUCCAGAAGAAGCCCCAGUUGACCUACACCAUCAUCGAGCUCCUUCUCAGUUUUGGCUACAUCAGCUCCCAGCAGAUUGAGUCCAUCCUCCAC